UUCCCAUGGCAACGAUAGUUUAGUUGAUGCAGUAUGGCGACAUGUUUGUGUCAAUAUUGUUCUCAGAAUGAAAUUUUAAAUUUGGAGUUUAUUUCACUUGAGUCGUGUAAUUAUGUAGUCUAUUAUGUUCUAUUCUAUUAACGACAUAUUGAAAAUUACUUGUCAUAUCGUUCAUUCAUCUGUAUUAAAAUGUGUUCAGAUCAUUAUUCCUUUGGUCAAACAUUAUCUGAUGCUGAAUCCCAGUCAACUACAUCCAGUUACAGUGAUUCUAAGGUACAGAGUGUAAUGAAAGUCAGCAUUAGCAAAACAAACAAAGGUGUUAAACUACAAAAGGAAUUCAAUUCGAAAAUAUUGAACAGUACAAAACCUUCUCGAUUAGGGAAAUCAAAUUCAGAGUUUAAAAGUUGUGAUGUCAGUAGUAUUCUUAAAACACUAAAAGAAUUUGAUCAGAAAUAUUCCCUGAAACCUGCUAAAGGACAGAAGGUGAUGCUUGUUCAAAAUGAUAUAUUGUCCACUUUUCAUGAAAAUAAAUCUUCAUCUGCAAGUUCAAAAAAGACCAAUAUAUCACUGGACCUUAAACCUAAUGCUGUUGAAAGGAGAUUACUGCAGUCACCAUAUUUGUUUGGAAGGUCAUCAAAUAACAAUCGCAGUCUCUUAUCGUCUGUAGACGGUACACCUGUAUUUUCUAGAAAAGAUGUAUUUAACAAGGAAUCAUUUGAUGUGUCAGAUACACUUGAAUUUAAUAAUAAGAAAUCAUAUCAAAUCUCAAACAAAUCAGAGUUCUCAUUGAGGAAUCCAGUGAGUAAAAUCAACAACUCUAGUCAUAUAGAAGUGCACUCUAAAUCGAAUAAUGAUUUUAUUGAGCAAAAUGUACAGCCUGCCAUGCCAAAUGCCAUUACCAGAAGUGAAAAUCUUUCUUUUCAAUCAAAUGAAAGGGGUGCUGACUGUAAAGUACUUUCAAACAAUACCAGUUCAAAAUUAGAAGUUCAGUCAAAAGAAAUGUUAGAGAAGUCCCAAGACUCUGUGAACUCUUUAUGUGUAGGAAGUCACACUCCGAUUCCUACUGAAUGUUUUGAAGAGGAAAGUAAAGCAAUAAAAACUCAAGUAUCUUCAAUUGAGAAUUCAUUUGCAAAUUCUGAAGCAGUGCUAAAUUCAAAGACAGUACUUUUACAUAACACAAAUUUUUAUUUGGAAAAGCACACAGGUCAGGAUUUAUUAUCAGGCGAUAUUCUUACUUCAGAUACUCAGAAAAUAACUGGUCUAGAAUCAAAUCAAGAUAAUUCAGUUAUGUCAGAACAAAGUAAUUUAAGUGUUUCAUCAGUAGGAAGUUAUGGACUUUUCAAAUCAGGACCAUAUAAAAUUUUUAAUGUUGAAGAUCUUCUCACUGCUCAUGAAGUGAAAGUAUUGGAAGAAAAAGCAAAUUCAGAUAUUCAGAGUGGGAUAAAAGAUUUAACAAAGAAUAGGACAGUGUCAGGAAAGGAAGAUAAAAUUAAUGAUAAUACAAGGGAAGCAAUACAUUCCAUCAGUGAGCAGAACACUGCAUUAGAAUCAAAUGAGGAAAUUAGUGAACGGAUUGAAGAAGAAAUUGAAUCAGAGGUUAUUGAUGACUUACCAGAGAACAGUAACAUGAGUAUCAAUGAUUUAUCAGUCAGAACAAAUUCGUCAUAUGGAGAAAUGAUGAACAAAGUUUCUAGUCAUUCCGAAAUUAAACGCACAGUGAAACAGGUUCUCUCAAAGAAACAAAAUGUUUCAAAUGAACAAGUUAGUAUAAGCGGCAGAUCUUUGUCUAAAGAACUGAUGUCUAACGAAUCAAAACAAGAAUCAACUGACAAUCGAGAUGUCCUUUCUUCUUCAAUGAAAUUAGAGUCUGAGGAUAGAACUGUUUCAUCAGCACAUGGUGAAACCUCAUCAAGGAGUCCCUCAGAUUUUGAAAAAUCUGUAACCUAUAGGUCAAAUUCUAAUAAAACUGACAUGAAACCUUUAUCAGACAUAAAAUACUGCAGUACAGGGAUUCAGACUGAUAGUAACGUCGUGCAUCAUUGUGUGUGUGGUCUUCGUGAAUCAAGUUUCAGCCAUCCAAUAUUUCCUGCAAAUACUGGAAGAUCACACAACAUUCAGGAGACAACGCCAGUUUAUGGGUACUACUCAAGAGCAAUGGAGUUUCAAGGAAAAACAUUUCCAGUUGACUUAACAUUAAUUAAGGUAUUAAAGCAACAAAUUGAAUUAACAAGGCAUUUUAUGAAUAGUCAGCAAAGAAUGUAUGAAGCAUAUUGCGCUGCUGUUGAAAAUAUAUCAGCUGAUUAUAAGCCUGUCACUUUGGAGGACACCAGACAGUAUAUUCGUAGUCACCUGAAAUACAGAGGCACACCAAGAGAAGAACUGAAUAAGUAGUUCUUGUGCAAUGUUUCUUUGAUGAAUGGGUAUGUGUUAUAUUCUUGAGAUAAAAUGGUAAUUUACAAAUGGGGUUCAAUGUAAGCUGAAAAAUUAUUUACUUAAAAUUAGCAACAUCAGGAUAAAUAUGUGUUGUCACAUUGUUUACCCACAUUUCAUCAUUACAUGAUUAUUAUCCUUAUAUGUGUAUAGGAUUCUAUAAAUAUAGAAGCUUACAAUGAAACCGUUUGUAAAAUUUCUUUUGAGGGCUGUUGUGCUUUCUUUACAGUUUGGAUUAAUUUAGUAAAUAAUAUUCAGAUGAGCUUUAAUCUCUGAAGGAUUAAUUCUGCA